AUGGAAAAAACAAUUAUUCAUCGAAUUAUUCAAGAACGACAAGAUAUUAUUAAUAGAAUUAUAAUAAAAGGUCAUUCAAAUAUGAAUCAAUGUGAAAAAUAUUAUCGAAAAAUAAUAGAAGAAUUUAUUAAAAAGUUAGAAAUAGAAAUGUCAAUACAUUUAGAUGAUUUACAAAAACAAAUGGAAAAUGAAAAAGAUAUUGUUUUUGCAACUUCACAUAAUAAUAUUAAAGAUAUAACAAUAAAAGCACAAAAUGCUAAAAAAGAUUUUCUUAGAAUUAUUCAAUCAUUUGCUGAAAUAAAACGUCAAGAAAUAAUAAAGAAAAUUAUUAAUAUUUCUAUAGAUAAAACACGUCAACCACUUGGUUAUGAACAAUUAAGAACACUUAAUCUGCAAAUAUAUUCUAGGGUUGGAAUUAAAGAAGAUGAACAUGGUUGUGAUAAUAUAUCGGAAAGAAAUAAAUUUAUUAAAGAUAUUAAUCAUGCUAAAUCACAUCAACCAAUUAAAAGAACUGUUUAUCUUGGAAGUAAUUUUAAUUCAACACUCAAAUAG